AUGGACUGUCCCAUUAAGGUCCAAACAAGGACCUUCGAAAUUUGUUCUUUCACACCUCCAUCUAGAUCAGAAGUACGUCGCAAUAAUUUUCAACGAAGAUGCUGCCAGAAACAACUCGAGGGUUUAUACGCUCCCACAAAUCUGGCCUACAGGGAGCUAGGACAUCCCCUGAUCGUCGAUCCAACACUUUUGAUCAAGAGUACUCUUGGAUACAUUCCUCAACGUCCUAACAUACUGCAUGGACAUGAGUCAAAUGAAUGCACUGAAGGUGUUGAAGGCGAAAGUUGUGAUGAAGAACAGUUUACCUUUAACAAAACUAGUUUAUCAAGUGAAUCUAUUGAAAAAAGUUGUCAACCACUGCGUCCUAAACCAGUUGGAAUGAACAAUAAACCUAGAACUUAUUCAUCACAGUCAGGUUCUGCAUACAUGGAAAGAAGAUGUAAACGGGGCUUGGUCGAUCUGAAGAAAGUUAUUCAGCAAUCCAAUGAUAUGACAAAAUGUGUAAAACAUGGAAGAAGCUUCUUUGGUAUGCUACACCAAGAAAUAAUACAAAAAGUAUAUAACUUCUGGAAUUUAUAUAACCAAGUUAUAGAGUCAAGAAAAAGUCGAAUCAUACCUCCAACUCGUGCAUAUACAUUAAAUGAACAAAAUCAUUCGAAUGGUGAAUCAAUAGAAAAGACAAUUAAUGAAAUUGAUGAAGAUGAUCUACUUGAUGAAGAACCAGAAAUACGUGAAUUAAUGAAUCAUUUAAUUGCUAAUGGUUGUGAUUUGAAAAUUCCUUUAAGUAAAACACAAGAAUUAUCAAGUGACAUUAGACAAUCUGAAAAUCAUUUCACUUCAGCUACUGAACAUCGACGUCUUAAACAAUAUAAACAAUGGUAUACUGAAUCACAAAGACCUUUUACUCCAAGAUUUUUCAAUAUAUGCAAACCAGAUUUUGGUAAAGAAUUAAAUUCUAAUCAACUAGGUGAUACCUAUAAGUCGAUAACUUCGAAAGAAGAGGUCAAAGAGGAUAAGAAGGAAAAAGAUUAUGAUGAUGAUGAUGAUGAUGACGAUGAUUCAGUUAGGGAUAUUAUAUUUAAACAAAUCUGUUGUGUUUUAUGGAUUAUGGAACAAAUGCAUAAUUUAAAUCAUCCUGAAAUUGAUUCCAAAUGGAGACCAAUAUCAGCGUCGUGGAAACUGAGUUCAAAUGAUUCAACAACAGAAUUAAGUGAAGUGUAUGAUCAACAAAAUCAAGCUGAUCAAGUUUGGCAUGACUUUAUCUAUGAUACAAAUUAUAAACAAACAAAGACCAAAUUUCGUAAUCAGCAACUUAGUUCAACGAAUAGUUUAAAUUCUUUACAAUCUGGAACAUUAUCAUCUGAACAAAGAUGUCCAACACCUUCAUCGUCAAUUAUGAAAUCUCAAUCAAUCAAUAAAGUAACGAAAUUCGAUAUUAAUGAACAAUCAUUAUCUGAUCAAUUUUCAAUAAUCAAUAAAAAUUUUAAUCGAUCAUCAAUAAUCAAUCAAUCAGAUCUUAAUAUAUCUAAUAAAAAAUGUGUACAAUUUUUAAAAAGUGAUAACACUAUGAAAAAAAAUGAAAAUCAAUGGAUCAAUAGUAUAAAUGAUAUUCAUAAAUUGUCAAAAGAAACCCUUAGUGAACUAGUGCAUCAAAUAGAAGUUGAAAUGGAUAAAGAAACUUUAAAGGAAUCCGAACUAAAAUUGACAACAAGAGGACAAAUCUCGUCAAAAACUAUUGAGAAAAGGCCAGUGAAAAGUCAUGUGAAUGAAGUUCCUAAAGAAUUUUCAAGUAAUAAGUUCAUGAAUUUAGUGAAGAAUAUACGUAAAGAAUUAUCAAUAGUGACUGAUGAGAAUAGUAUUAAAUUUCAAGAUCGUUUGGAAUUUAUGAAACAAAUAAAACCGGAAAUAUGCUUGGCUAAAUAUCAUAAUAUUCCUGUUAAUAGUUAUACACAUGUAGCUAUGCAAUCUAUGCGUAGAAUGGCUCUUUAUGAUAAAGCAACUGGUGAAUUGUCCAAAAAAUCUAAACAAAAAAAUGAAGUAGCUCCAUGGUAUUCGGAUAUUUUAACUGAUUUAUCUGAUCUAAAAUUUGAACCAAAAUUCGUAACCGUUUUAUCUAAACUUAAAUUUUAUGCUCAAUUAUCACCAAGUCUGUUUACUGUGAUGUCAUUUACUCGUGUCCUGUCUUCUUUAACACUUUGGGAAAUUCUUUCACCAGCAAGUUCUGUAGCUAUCGAUUUUAUACGAACACGCAUUGUAGACAUGUCCAUUGAAGAAUAUUUGGAUUGGUUAUGUCAAACCUAUCCAAAAAUCAAGGAACUUAUCACCCAUAAUAUGGAAGAUUGA